AUGGAGAACCUCCCAACAGAUAUCAUUAAAGAAAAUAUAGUUUCUAGAUUGCCAAUUGAGUCCAGAUUACAGAUGAAACUAGUAUCCAAACCAUUGAAGAACAUCAUCGGCAAAAAUAAAACAGGUCUCUUGUUCGCUUAUGCCGACGUCAAUAAUCUGGAACCUGAAUCAGGAGCAGAAGUAAAUCUCUACUAUGGAGAUUAUGAAACAAACCUGGAGCGGCACUACUCCAACGGAACACUUGAAAAGAAUGAUGAAGUAGGCCAGGAUCUGUAUAAUAUCAUCGCCUAUGAUCUGGUGGAUGAGAAGUAUGUUAAUAAUCUGUCAACUGAAUCAGGAGCAGAAGUACAGCUCUACUAUGGAGAUGAGUUUGUAUCUGAUGACAAGCGAUUUUACAUGUACGAAACAAAUACAAAGUUAGACCGCGUAAAAUACAAUUUGCGAGCCGAAGAUUGGUUUGAGUAUAAUCACAUGGUUGGUUCAUGCAACGGCUUGGUUUGUCUUCAAUCAUAUAACCAGGCCACGAAGUCUAGCUGUGUUGGUAUUUCCAAUCCAUUAACAGGAGAAUUCCUAAUUCUUCCAGAUUCUGUCGGAUGGUUCGAACAUGGAUUUGGAUACCUUCCUUCUACUAACGAGUAUAAGGUUGUCAGAUGCAGUUACACUGAGUUAAACAAUGUGUGGAAGGGACAUAUGGAGGUAUAUACUCUUGGCUCUCAAAGUGGGUGGAGAGAAAAGGAAACUAUCCCUUACAAAUUCUAUUCGUCAGGCCUCUUUGCAAAUGGAGCAAUUCAUUGGAUUGGCAAGACAAACGGAGGAGCAAGAAUUGUCGCCUAUGAUUUGGCGGAUGAGAAGUUCAAGGACAUCCCAUCACUACCUUUCGAUUUUUUAAAGGGAUAUGAUGCUCUCACUGGUAGACUCCAGUUGGGGUUGGAGUACAGAGUUUAA